AUCAUGAAGGAAACCACCACCUAUGUUAGCUGGCCUUGCCGAUUGAAGAUUGGCGCGAAGACGAAAAAGGAUCCGCACAUUCGGAUCGUUGGCAAAAUGGCAGAUGUGCUGCGAGCUAAGGAUAAAGUUAUGUCCCGGCUUGAUUCCAGGGGCAGCCGCGUGAUCAUGAAGAUGGAUGUAUCGUAUACGGACCAUUCGUUUAUCAUUGGCCGCGGUGGCAACAACAUUAAGAGAAUUAUGGAAGAAACGACAACCCACAUCCACUUCCCGGAUUCGAACCGUUCGAAUCCGACCGAGAAGAGCAAUCAGGUGUCGAUGUGCGGCAGCAUCGAGGGUGUCGAACGGGCGAGAUCGUUGGUUCGAAACUCGACACCGCUGCUGAUCUCGUUCGAGUUGCCGAUACUGGCGCCAGGUAAAACGCCACCGGACAACGAUACACCGUACGUGAAGGAGGUCGAGGCGGAGUUUAGUGUACAGGUGAUCUUCUCUACUAGACCGAAACUUCAUUCUUCACUGGUGCUGGUGAAGGGUUCUGAGAAGGAGGAGUCUAUGGUGAAGGAAGCUACGCGGCGGUUGAUGGAUUUGAUGUGUGAAAAUAUGGCGAGUCAAAUACCAGUGCAGAUGCAACUAGAAAUCUCGACCCAGCAUCAUCCGAUCGUGCUCGGACGGGCAUCGAACAAUUUGCGGGAAAUUAUGAACCGAACCGGUACACAGAUAAUGUUCCCGGAUGCGAACGAUGUGAACAUCAAGCCAAUCAAGCGCUCCCAGGUGACCAUAACUGGUUCCAUCAAUGGGGUCUACCUCGCAAGGCAACAAUUAAUCGGCAGUUUACCGAUUGCACUCAUCUUCGACUAUCCGGAAAACACGGUCGAUUCGGACGAAAUUACCAAGCUCAUGUUAACACACGACGUGUUCAUAUCCGUGCGCCAGAAGUCUCGCCAAAGUACGCUUUGCAUCGUUAUCAAAGGUAUCGAAAAGUUUAUCGCAAACAUCUACGAAGCGCGUCAUCAGCUGCUGAAGAGUACGGGAGCACGCGUGGUGGCCGAGAUACCACGCACAUACUUCGGGCCCAACGAGCACCCGCAGCAAACGACACAAAACAUAUCGGCUUUACUGGCGGGACCGAUUGCACCACCGUUUUCACCGCUGUCUCCCAUCAGUGCGUUAUCCUUCGUCGGAUGGCCUUCCCCGUCAUCGGCGGCUGCUGCUGCUGCGUUGCCUACGGCGGACUACGCAUUCAACCAUAUGCGCGGACAGUUCCAAAACAUCCAUGUACACGGUCCGACGAAACUACCGACCUCCCAUCACCAACUUUUACCGCUCUCACUUCCUCCGGGGCUGGAUCGAACCAUUGGCUCUAGUGGGAAGCUGUCCCAUCUCGGGAGCCCACAUCUGCUGUCGGUUCCACCGGGUCAUGGCGCCGGUGGUGGAGGAUCGUUCCUUCAGAGUCCACAGCAUCACCAACAGCCAGUUCAUCAUCAUCAUCAGCAUUCGAGUCAUUCGCACCAUCAACGCAACCAGCAGCAACCGGUACACUCUAAUGGGAACUGUUCGACUUCCACUAGCCUGACGGUCAGUCAGAACAGUAGCCAUAAUGACAUCCAUUCGAGCGGUUACCAGAGCUUGAACUGCUCCAGUAACUCGCUGGAUCAGCAGUACCAGAGCAACUCGUCGACGGGUGGCUCAAUGUCACAGGUGUCCUCGAAUUCGUUGCUAAACAGCUCGCCCGAUCACCAGAGCCCGAGCGUCUCCGGAACGAGCGGAAUGAACCGUUGCCGUCUGUCCGUUUGCACACCUGAAAGUCCCCACUAUCAGUCGGACUUGGAGCAACGAACGCCUUUAGCGUUUGAACAGAAGAGCUCCCUAAACGACGCGUUCCUGUUUAAUCUUGACCCACGAGUUGUGGCCGGUUACAAGGCGAUGCAUAUGUCGCCGCAGCAGGGCGAGAUUCGUACACCGACACUGUCCUGGCAGGGUCUAGGAUUAAGUCAGUCGUCUCCGGCACCGCUCGAGGCGUGCGAUCUCAGCUGGGCCAACAGUAGCAACUCGAGCAGUGCGGGUGGUGGUAGUGGCGGUUGUGCAAACACCAGUACGAGCAGUUCCAGCAGUGGGGCUACCGAUUCGCGCCACAACAUGACGACCACCAUGAUCGAGGUGACUCCGCGACAUCAGCGCGAACAAAUGUCCCAGUACAACGACGUCACGACCAUUCUGACCGGUUUGGGGCUGGAGCAUUACAUCAAGAACUUUAUCAACGGUGAAAUCGAUAUGACCGUCUUCCAGACGCUCACCGAUCAGGAUCUGCUCAAUCUAGACAUUAAACCACUCGGCGCGAGGCGUCGAAUACUGAUGGCUAUACAUGAUUUGAGCGCUCGGCAGGGUAGCGCAUUUUUUGGAUCUUCCGCACUAUCACCGUCGGCUUUACCGUCGGCACUGUCGCGUUUCUCCGGUUCAGCAGCUCCCGGCGCAGAGCGACGUAGUUCCAGUGGACAGUAA